AUGACGGGCAGUGCGGUGAAAGACAGGGUUAAUGAGGAUCAGGUCGCGCGUGAAGACUCUUUGAAUUCCCCGAAGGAGUUGGAAGACGAAAACAAAACCCCCGCUGCUAGCUCGUCCACAAAUAAACCGAAACCCCGAUCGUUGUGGGUCGCCUGGCUGUACCUCUUCGAUUGGUAUCCGAGUCAUUAUUCGAAAGAGGAGAGGAGGCUUCUUCGAAAGCUGGAUUAUGUUCUGUUGCCGCUGUGCUGUCUGGCCUAUUUCAUCAAAUGGUUGGACCAAGUCAACAUUAACAAUGCAUAUUCGUCGGGUAUGAAGGAGGAUUUGGCGCUCAAUGGCAAUCAAUACUCCCUAUUCGGCACCUUCUACAACAUCGGUUACCUGCUUUUCGAAAUCCCGUCUAUGAUGAUUAUCUCCCGUCCGAAACUCGCUAGAUACUUCCUCCCCGCAACAGAAGUCUCUUGGUCGGUCCUCACCUUUAUUCAGUGCCGUCUCCGCAAUGAGCACGAUAUCUACGGUCUCCGAUUCCUCCUCGGUGUGCUUGAAACGCCAGUAUCCUCCGGAACCAUGUACAUUCUGUCUUCCUGGUACCGCGGCGACGAGAUGUUCAAGCGCGCCGGCGUCUGGUACGUCUCGAGUAACCUGGGAUCUUUUAUGGGAGGAUAUCUCCAGGCUGCGGCGCACGAGAGGCUCGACGGCGUGCACGGCAUGGCGGGCUGGCGAUGGCUUUUCAUCAUCGACGGAUGUAUCAGUCUUCCUAUCGCCUUGGGCAGUUUCUUCUUCUUCCCGGGCCUACCAUCCAGUCCCAAGGUCUGGUGGCUGACCGACGCUGAUCACAAGUUAUGUGUUGCACGGAUGCGCGACGAGGGGGUCAAGGACAGUCGGAAGAUUGGGAAAAGGAUGCUGAAGCGUGUUUUUACGCACUGGCAUUUCUAUGUUGCGGUUUUCACAUAUAUCUUUUUCCAAUGCACUUCUUAUGUCGCCGGCCAAAUGAUCCUGUGGUUGAAAGACAGCGCAGACAAGUACGGCACUUGGACUGUCUCGGAGAUCAACAUGAUUCCGACCGGCGUGCAAUGUGUUUCGAUCGUUGUGGGUAUUCUCGCAACCUCGCUCGUCAUGGUUUAUCCGUUCUGGGCGGUGAUGUCUGUGGUGGCAGCCGUCUUGUUGUUUGCCAAUCUCUGCCUGCUGGUGUGGGAUAUUCCAAUUGGACUACACUUCACGGCAUACUACCUCCUCGGAUUCACAUCCUGCGUGACACCGAUAUUAUUUCCGUGGGUAAAUAUGGUCAUGAAAGAUGAUUCCGAGGCCCGAGCGUUUACCUCUGGUGCAAUGAUGACGUGUGGCUGGAUUUUCUUCAGCUUCUACCCGAUCACUGUCUUCCCUGUCGUUGAAGCUCCCAAGUGGCGAAAAGGCUUCAUCGUCAACACCAUCUUCGUCGUCAUGUGGUGGAGUAUCUUCAUGUUCGGACAGUACCUUUGGCGGCGAGACGUCAAAUUGGGAAGGACGUAUGUUUCCCGCGACGCUGAUGAAAUUGAGAAUACAAAACUGGGAGGAAAGGAAGACCUAGAGAGUAAGUCAGGCGGGGUGGAGCAUAUUGAGCUAUCAGAUGAUAAGAGGAGACGAGAGGAUGAAUAG